ACAAACCAUUGAGUUACAUGUCUCUCUUGUUAAAGAGACAGAGGGAGAUUAAGAGCACAAAUGGUUAUAAUUUUGAGUCAGAUAUGAUAUUCGAUAUUUUGGGAGAAGAACAAGUUGAGGACAAUGAAAUAAGAUUCGUGAUCAUGAAUCAGAUUAAUAAGAUGGCUGAAAAGCUUUACAAAUUUGAUGCUAUUGUCAGGACGGCUACCAUUGCAAUGCAGCAGACUGGGAAGAAAAUUGAGUCAGUAACUGCUUAUGACUACCGAUCAUAUAUGGUGCCCCUGCUGAAGUCAUUCAUGCGGGCACGCCUGGAGGAUCUGGCUUACAAAGAUGCUGAAGAGAAGUCUAAGGCUGCAACAGAAGCAUUGUUGUCAGAACUUGAUCUUAGUGACAAGAAGGGUCCUGACAAAGGAGGUGGUAGGGCAAGACAAAGACAGGGAAAAUCCAAGGAUAAAAAGAAGAAAAAGGAUCACAGAAAGGCAGAGGAACUAAAGGUCUUAGUUAUUGUUCUCUUUCUUUUUUAUGGUAGUUACAGUUGUCUAAAGCUCAAGGUGUAA